AUGGCAGCCAGUCUCGACGACGUCCCCGAGAUCGCGGAUACCUGCAAACUGAUCCUUGCUCGCACCAACAAGUUUUUGGCCGACAAAGACAGGAACCCCAGAGUCACAGACGAAAUGUGGCGGCCCGCCGACUGGGCCAUCGCCGAAACCAGCCGUACAAUCCCAAAGAUCAAGGCGACCAUCCACUACAUCCGAGAGAUCGCCGACGCCGAGCGCAAGAAGCUGCCCACCAUCAACUACACCGCGUGGACGCAGUCCAUGAGACGGGCGCCGGGGGACCCGUACGCGCGAGGACCCCCUGGCGACGAUGUUCUGAUCAACGACAUCCCCCGUCUCGCUGACAGGUUCACGGCGCUUGCGGAGCGGUUCCGGGAGCUCGAGGAGAAGCCGUACAGACGCGGCGAUGAUGUCAUGGCGGCCUAUGACCGUGUCAAUGUGGUCUUGAUGGAGUGCCGGCUGGUGAAGAAGUGGCUGCCGACUGCUUUGGAUGCCAUUACUUAUAUUUUGACGGGGGAGAGUCGUGAAUUCCACUCCGAGUCGGAAGAUUCCAGUUGA